AUGUCCAUCCCACACAAGAAGAUUAUGUUCAUCCCACCCAGGAAGAUUAUGUCCAUCCCACACAACAAGAUCAUGUCCAUCCUACACAACAAGAUCAUGUCCAUCUCACACAAGAAGAUCAUGUUCAUCCCACACAACAAGAUCAUGUCCAUCCCACACAACAAGAUCAUGUCCAUCUCACACAACAAGAUCAUGUCCAUCUCACACAAGAAGAUUAUGUCCAUCCCACACAACAAGAUUAUGUCCAUCCCACACAAGAUCAUGUCCAUCCCACACAACAAGAUCAUGUCCAUCUCACACAAGAAGAUUAUGUCCAUCUCACACAAGAUCAUGUCCAUCCCAAACAAGAUCAUGUCCAUCCCACACAACAAGAUCAUGUCCAUCUCACACAACAAGAUCAUGUCCAUCCCACACAACAAGAUCAUGUCCAUCUCACACAAGAAGAUUAUGUCCAUCUCACACAUCAAGAUCAUGUCCAUCCCAAACAAGAAGAUCAUGACCAUCCCACACAACAAGAUCAUGUCCAUCUCACACAAGAAGAUUAUGUCCAUCCCACACAACAAGAUCAUGUCCAUCCCAAACAAGAAGAUCAUGUCCAUCCCACACAACAAGAUCAUGUCCAUCCCACACAAGAUCAUGUCCAUCUCACACAAGAAGAUUAUGUCCAUCCCACACAAGAUCAUGUCCAUCCUACACAACAAGAUCAUGUCCAUCUCACACAAGAAGAUCAUGUUCAUCCCACACAACAAGAUCAUGUCCAUCCCACACAACAAGAUCAUGUCCAUCUCACACAAGAUCAUGUCCAUCUCACACAAGAAGAUUAUGUCCAUCCCACACAACAAGAUUAUGUCCAUCCCACACAAGAUCAUGUCCAUCCCAAACAAGAAGAUCAUGUCCAUCCCACACAACAAGAUCAUGUCCAUCCCACACAACAAGAUCAUGUCCAUCCCACACAACAAGAUCAUGUCCAUCUCACACAAGAAGAUUAUGUCCAUCUCACACAAGAUAAUGUCCAUCCCAAACAAGAAGAUCAUGUCCAUCCCACACAACAAGAUCAUGUCCAUCCCACACAACAAGAUCAUGUCCAUCCCACACAAGAUCAUGUCCAUCUCACACAACAAGAUUAUGUCCAUCUCACACAACAAGAUCAUGUCCAUCCCAAACAAGAAGAUCAUGAAGAUUAUGUCCAUCUCACACAAGAAGAUCAUGUCCAUCCCACACAAGAAGAUCAUGUCCAUCCCACACAACAAGAUCAUGUCCAUCCCACACAACAAGAUCAUGUCCAUCUCACACAAGAAGAUUAUGUCCAUCCCACACAACAAGAUCAUGUCCAUCUCACACAAGAAGAUUAUGUCCAUCCCACACAACAAGAUCAUGUCCAUCCCACACAACAAGAUCAUGUCCAUCUCACACAAGAAGAUUAUGUCCAUCCCACACAACAAGAUUAUGUCCAUCCCACACAACAAGAUUAUGUCCAUCCCACACAACAAGAUCAUGUCCAUCUCACACAAGAAGAUUAUGUCCAUCUCACACAAGAAGAUCAUGUCCAUGCUAUACAAGAAGAUUAUGUCCAUCCCAAACAAGAAGAUCUUGUCCAUCCCAGAUUUUUGUAGCAAUUAUUAA